CCCAGACACCCACCUCGGGCUUCGAAGCUCCCGAGGGCCGGCGGUGCUUUACACCUGAGCUCUGCACAAACCACGGACAGCUGAACAGGCAGAGGGAAGAGCAGUCUGCGGUGACAGGAAGGCAGUGGGAUCCCUCGCUGAUGCUGUCUCAGAAGGGCUUGCAGCAUCGUUGCUUUUAGGCAAAGCUUCUUUGCUUGCCGGCUGGCUUGGCCACACAGCCCCAUUUGUCAAUUUUCUGCUCCUUCUUCAUACUGACCAUAGCUGUCUGGAGGUGCAGGCAGAGGAAGAAAGCCUCAGUGUGCAGAAGAGAUCAUUCCAGCCUCUUAAUCUCAAACAUCUUGGUGUGGUUUUUCUGUCUUUUUUUAACAUCUGAGAAAAAACUGAUGUACAAUACCUUGGCCUGACAUUCAUCACCAGGCAGAAUCAGUGCUCCAGCCAGCCAACAUGACAGUGCUGUUUGAUAACUUGUCAUGCCAUCACUCCAUCGAUGACUUCCGAAACAAAGUCUAUUCCUCACUCUACUCCAUGAUCAGCAUUAUGGGCUUUGUUGGCAAUGGGUUUGUGCUCUACGUCCUCAUAAAGACAUACCGGCAAAAGACAGCCUUCCAGGUGUACAUGCUGAACCUUGCUGUGUCCGACUUCCUCUGCGUGGCCACCCUGCCCCUGCGUGUCGUCUACUACCUUCACAAAGGAAACUGGUUCUUCAGUGACUUCCUAUGCAGGGUCAGUUCAUACGCACUGUACGUCAACCUCUACUGCAGCAUUUUUUUCAUGACUGCAAUGAGCUUCUUCCGCUGCAUAGCCAUUGUUUUUCCAGUCCAGAACAUCAAUCUGGUAUCGGAGAGGAGGGCGAAGUUUGUCUGCGUUGGCAUCUGGAUUUUUGUCACCCUGACAAGUGCUCCCUUUCUGCGGAAUGGGACGUACCAACAUGGCAACAAGACCAAAUGCUUUGAACCCCCAGAAAACUCUCAGAAGACAAAUUUAGUUGUGAUCCUGGAUUUUAUUGCCCUUACUGUGGGUUUCAUCCUUCCCUUUAUUGUCAUAACUAUCUGCUACACCAUGAUUAUAAGGGCCUUAAUGAAAAACUCCUUGAAGAAGAACCGGGCUAACCACAAGAAGGCAGUCUGGAUGAUCAUCAUAGUGACUGUCACCUUCCUGGUGAGCUUCACCCCAUACCAUGUUCUACGUACGGUCCACCUCCAUGUGCUGAGGCUGAAGAAUGCCAGCUGUGAGGAUGCCAUAUACCUACAGAAAUCAGUUGUGGUAACGCUCCCCUUGGCAGCUUCCAACUGCUGCUUUGACCCACUUCUCUAUUUCUUCUCAGGGGGCAACUUUCGGAAGAGACUUACCACAUUUAGGAAGGCUUCUUCUUCCAGCUUGACACAAGCUUUCAGGAAGAAGUUCUCCAUGAAGGAGAAAGAUGAGGAACCCUUUGGAGACAGCCAUAAGGAGAAUGAAAAGGCAGCUGUGGCCCCUUCAUACGGAAGCUAAAUCCUCCCCCAAGAUCUCAGAUGGACAGUAGAAAUCUCAGAACUCUUCCAGAAGACAUGAUGGAGGCUCACAAGCCUUCAUAGCAGUGAGAUGUGGAUCAUACACAGUUAUUCCAUGACUUAGGCUACUUGGUACUACAGCCACUGCUGGGGAUGGGCAGCUGCUUCCCCAGGAGCACUGCUUGGACACACACAGCCAUUUAGGAUGGAGGAGCCAGCACCAGAAAACUAUUGAUCUGAUGAUAAACUCGCACAAGCAAACUCUUCAGAGCCUCUAUUUGGGCAUUAGCUUCAUGUCACAGCUUGACAAACAGCGUUUGUGUUGGUGGGAAAUGUAAACACAUUUGCUGUGCACAGCCCAGUGGUGUUCAGGGAGCAAGUGGCAAAUGAGGAGGGCAGAGUUUUCACAGGGUCUUCAAACAGCCACUAAAUUAUUUACACAGCGAAGGCCAGGGUAAUUCCUGCCCUGUUCCAGCUGCUUCUGCUUUGGAGUGCAGUUUUCCAGAUAAUUGUAUGUGGAAGGCUUGCAGGGCUGGUGCUGGGCUCUGCAAACACAAGAACUCAGGCUUGAAGCUUGUCUCCCACCCCGAAGGGGCAGCUCCUUGGCCACGUUUUCAUGGGCAGUAGCUCUGCCAGUGUCUUUUGGAUUUCUAGAAGAAUCUUACCUGUGGGAGCAGUUUUAAAACUGCAGUGUCCUUGUGUCCAUCUGAAACUUAUUUGAAUGGGACUGGUCCUGGAAGUGAUGGAUUAUCACUCCAGCUCUUUGGGAGGUUUUACCUUAAAGCAUGGGUCUGGUUACCCAGAGUCAGUGCAGGAUCAGGCCUUUCUGAGAUAGUGGCCAAGGUUUUUAAAGAAAUAUUAAAAAAAAAGGCAGAAGUUGCUCUUAAAAAAAGCUAUUUAUAAUACUUGACUUGCUCAAGAGUGUUCAUCUUCCUCUCAUGUUGCAGAAAAGGGGCAACCCAAGGCCUUUGGAAAGUUCUCUAGAAAGACCCGUAUAGUGGAAAACCAGAUUGGGCUAUGUUUCUUAGGUGAACAAAAAUGCCAGA